GGGGAGACUCGGCCCCAAAAGCGGCGGCCAUUGGAGGUGGCUGCGGCAGCUGUUUCUGCCCGAGAAGGGCUGACUCCCUGCCCCGGUGAGCCCAAAUGAGAAGUUGCUUCCUGCCGCCUGCCUCCGUCCCAGCUCCUCGCAACCCCGUCUUUCGCUCCGACCGGUACACAUCUGGGUCACUACAAUUUCUUGGAUUACUAAAACUGCAAGCAGUGGUCCCUAAGAUGUGGCCUCAUGGAUGAGCUGGUACAUGACUUAGCCUCAGCCUUGGAGCAGACAUCUGAGCAGAAUAAGCUUGGUGAGCUGUGGGAGGAGAUGGCCCUGAGCCCUCGCCAGCAGAGGCGGCAGCUUCGCAAAAGGAGAGGCCGCAAGCGCCGUUCAGACUUCACUCACCUGGCAGAGCAUACCUGCUGCUACAGUGAGGCCUCUGAGUCCAGUCUCGAUGAGGCCAUUAAGGACUGUCGAGAAAUGGCCCCUGUUGCCAAUUUUAGUGACUCUGAUGACACAAUGGUAGCCAAACGGCACCCAGCUCUCAAUGCCAUGGUUAAGAGUAAGCAGCACUCUUGGCACGAAUCUGACUCCUUUACCGAAAAUGCACCAUGUCGACCACUCCGGCGCCGGCGGAAGGUGAAGCGAGUGACAUCAGAGGUGGCUGCCAGCCUCCAGCAGAAGCUCAAGGUGUCAGAUUGGAGCUAUGAGAGAGGCUGCAGGUUCAAGUCUGCUAAGAAGCAGCGUCUGUCCCGCUGGAAAGAGAAUACUCCCUGGACCUCCUCAGGUCAUGGGUUGUGUGAGUCAGCAGAAAAUAGGACUUUCCUAAGCAAAACAGGAAGGAAAGAAAGGAUGGAGUGUGAAGCAGAUGAACAAAAACAGGGCUCUGAUGAGAACAUGUCAGAAUGUGAAACCAGCAGUGUGUGUAGCAGCAGUGACACAGGGCUCUUUACCAACGAUGAAGGACGGCAAGGGGAUGAUGAGCAGAGUGAUUGGUUCUAUGAGGGAGAAUGUGUCCCAGGAUUCACUGUCCCUAAUCUUCUGCCGAAGUGGGCUCCUGAUCAUUGCCCUGAAGUAGAAAGAAUGGAUUCUGGACUGGAUAAACUUUCCGAUUCCACAUUCCUUUUACCUUCUCGACCAGCUCAAAGAGGAUACCAUGCCCGCUUGAAUCGUCUGCCUGGAGCUGCAGCUCGAUGCCUCAGAAAGGGCCGAAGACGGCUUGUUGGGAAGGAGACCAGCAUAAGUACUGAGAGAAUAGGCCACAUCAUUAGUGACCCUCGGCAGAAGGAUUUCUGGUUACCAUCAGCUGGGAAAAGAGAACGAAAUCAGGUAAGAUCGCUUUUCUUUGUCAUCUUUAUUUUAUCAUUUGAUUUCCUUUUCUUUAGAAAGAAUAAAGCAUUGGCUUCUGAUUUUCCUCACAUUUCUGCUUGUGCCCAUGAGUUUAAUCCUCUGUCUCCCCUUUACUCCUUGGAUGUUCUCACUGACGCCUCUCACCGAAGAUGUUCACCAGCACACUGCUCUGCCAGACAGGCAAACAUACACUUGGGACCCCCAUGUUCACGUGACAUCAAGAGGAAACGGAAACCUGUGGCCACAGCAUCUCUGUCCAGCCCAAAUGCAGUUCACGUGGAUGUAGUGGAACCAACUACACCAGCAUCGCAGGUCCAGAAAUCUCCAAACCCUGAGUGGUUGAUCAGGACCUCUGCCACAGAGAAAGCUACUGACUCAGCUGCAGCUACGUUUUUUAAAAUGCCACCAGAAAAGAGCCCUGGAUACAGCUAGAGAGCAGGAUUCCACCCACCAGGAGCUACUGGGUGUUGUGAAACGCAUCCCAGACUUGGUACCGCAGUCUUGUGUAUUGUAAUUGACAUUCCCAAUCCUUUCAUUGCCAGGAUGACCCUUCUUUCAAACAAAGCAGUGGACUCUUUCUCGUAGAAAAUCAUGUUGUGGAAAUCUGUUUUUUUUUUAAAGUUAGUAAAGUAUUGCAGCAACAAUUUUUUUAAAAAAAGGUCAUCCUAUGCUAUAUUUGUUACAUUGCUGUCGUUGUCCCAACAGCUACCUACAGUUCCUUUUACAGAGCUGUUGCUUUUUGCAGGUAUGUCUCUUUUCUUGAAAAACUAGUAACUCCUUUUGCAUACUUUACAUGUAGAGCUUUUAAUAUCAUUUGAGGAAGUCCCAAAUUUGUAGCCAGUUCUAGACAGAUGUAAACAGAGUUGAGACCUGUGUGUGGAAUUGUGUUUACAGGAGAUAGAGUUUGCCUUUGAGCCUGGUCUUGAUUCACUGAGAGUGCCAAUAAGCCCAAUUCACCAAGUUCUCAUUUGGGAGCCUCGGAGGAGACACCAGCAACACGAACAGUGGGAGCUUCUUCCAUUUUUCUGGAUGGCCUCAUGGGAUCUCCGGCAGCUGGACUGUACUUUGCCUCAUCUCCAGAGUUGGUGUUCUCCCACAGGAGGAUAUGUACAUUCAUAAUGUAAUGAAGAAAUGGUUUCGUUGUUCAGCAAACUUAAAAUAGUCAGUGGAUUGUGUCUUAAUACUUCAUGUCACAGUGUAAGCUUUUAUGUAUGAAAUGGGACUUUUUAUUGUUAGCUUAUAGGUCAAUAACCUGCAGCAGAAAUUCACACUCUAUUAUAAUAAUGGCUUCUCGGGGACAUACUUUGGGGAGAAAAAUGUCUUUUUGACACACCUUUAUACUUGGCGUGUUUAUGACGGCUCAGCUGCAUGUGGCGUUAUAUAUACGGCCAUGCCUGAAGUUGGAUGCUACUUUGUCAAAAUGAGGAAUAAGUGACUGCCUGGAGCUGCUGGAGAAAAGCCACCCUUUCUAAAAAAGUAUUAUCCAGAGUGUCUGUCAUUUGUGGCCUGGUUGACAGAAGGGUUCUUUUUUGUACGAAUUGAGUACAUUUGCUCUGAAAUACAGAGAAACUGUUCUCUUAAGUGCCCACUUCUCUGGUAACGUUCCAGAGGAACUCCCAGCCCUGCCCCUGGAUAUCUUCUGUGCUUGAAUUAGGUGCCGAGUGGGACAGAGCCUCCUUUCCCUGAAGUGCAGCUGUCCCUUUUCCUCAUACACCAUGUGAGGGUCGGCUGCUCUGUCGUGUUCCCUUUAAAAAUGAUAGUCCUUAAAAUCAGUGCUAACUCCAGGAUUUCCUUGUUGAUGGGUGGAUGUGAAUCUAGUUGGAAGGGGGGACUUGAAGCUAAUUUAAAUGGCGCUUUCUUUAAGAGGGAGAACACGUCAAUUGUCCAUAACAAGGAGUCUGGUGGAGGGAGGGGCACAUGGAGAUUAUGAAAUGAGGAGUAGCAUUAAAGCCAAACCAGCAUCCCCAGGAGCCACCCCUAGUUCUCCUUUUGUCCACUGGGGCUGCAUCCAGAGCAGUAUAGAAAAUAAAAGUGCCUGUUGAAAUAAAAUAAAAAAAUAAAAUGGCACUACCAAAUUGUUUUAUUGAUGAAGGGGGGUUUUAUUGUCAUAUGUGCAUUCUUACCUAGUUCCCAUCAUGUCCUAAGACACAUUUCUAACAUAUUUGUUGGAUUCAAGGGGAAAAAAUCCAUGGACAUAAUUUUAUUUUCUUUGCACUAAGCUCUGGCUCUUGCAGAGAUGGGUCCUGUGAUCAUGACCUAUUCAGAUCUCCACAGUUCAGAUAGAAUCUUGUUGCCUGCAAUUCUCCUUUCUACCUGUGAUUACAAAUAAUUUAUAUAUAUGACUUUAUUUACAUUUUAAACAUCGCUAGGAUGUACUGCCAUUUUAGAGAGAGAAGAAUGGUCACAGAGUUUAGCGACUUGCCCAAAAAUCACAUGAUCAAGCCAAGACUAAAAUCCCAGACUUUUGGACUUCCUCUGCCCUGGGUUAUAAUCUUUUGAUUUUCCUUGGUAGACCUGAGUCACUCUGAGACCCAUAAUUUUGAAACAGUGUGUCAUGAAUGUUUAUCAUCUUUCUUGGGCAUGCUUUUCUACAUAUUUUGAAUACAUCCCAUGGGGAUUAUCCAAAAAUGCCAUAUCUGCCUGUAAUAAGUGGGGAAGAAAAUUAAUUGCCUAGGAAAUAGCUAUUAAUACCUUGCAACACAGGGUUGUAAAUUGUGCUCCUCAUUUUAAGCUGCUGCAUGAGCAUGCUGACAGAAUUAUUAACCAACUUACUUUGCUUGUUUUCUAUAUGAGUCAGUUCCAGAGGAAUAACCUUGGAAUUGAGUGUUUUUUGAAUCAUAAAUUUUAAAUUUCUUUUUUAUAUAGCAAAGUGUAUGAUGUCAUACAUUGAGUAAAGUCUGUUACCUUUCAACAAAAGAUACAAUUUCAAAAUCAGGUUUUGUAGUCUCUUGAAAAAACUGAUAGCAUGACUUCCUUUGAGGAUAAUCAUUGAGCUCGUGUGUAUUUGAUCUGCCUAGAAGAGUAACUGAAGCUGAGUUCCACAGUUCUUACUUAUUUCAGGCUUCUGAUUUAUCCUAGCUGGCUACACAGUCUGCCUGUCUGAAUCCUAAUCUUCUGUAUUUUCCACAAGGAGCAAAAGUCAAGACAUUAUCCACUUACAUGAGCAUCAUUCAUAGAAAUUAGUUUUGCUUAUGAGUUUCAGGGAAUUUGAGAUUAUUUUUCAGAUGCAGCAUUUUAAAGGGAACAAGUUCAUUUGCAUCAAAACCCUUGUGUUGCUUUUUGGUAAGAACCGUGCAGAAGAGGGAAUUAGCUGUUUACAUGGUGCCAAAUUUAGGAGAGGCAGAGUGUGAUCUUUAUUGAGUGGUGCGUGCUUGAUCAAUAAGGCACAUUUAACCUUGAAUUCUUUUGAAAUCAAAUGCAAUUGAAAAUUUUGUUUUGCUGGGCUGUGAAGCAGGCUGCAAACAAGGCCAUUUUGGCAGCAAAAUGACCAAAAGCUGAAACAAAAUUUCUUGUUCCGUGAUGCUUGUGGCAUCCUUUGCUAAUGAGUAAAGCUCCACACUAACAAUAGGUAAUUAAACUACUUAUGAAUCCCACAUAGAGGACUGUGAUCUAUCUUUUUGCAUUUCGGCAUCAGAAACGCAGUCUAGACCACAGCAUUGGAGGUUCUGGAGCUUCAGGAGCAGAGCCAGCACAGAGGUCACUUGUAGCUGAACAAGAGAAGGAGUUAGGCUCGCAGUGUCAUUGCCCAUGUGAUGGCCUCUUUACUUGGGCUCCGGGGGAUGUUUGAUUCAUUUCAGGUCUUUUCUUUAGUUUGGCCUCAUUACCGUGGUGUGGGCCAUAUACUUUUUGUUUCCCGGGGAGAAUGCUUUGUAGAAAUCUCAGCAUUAGGAGCCGCGGUCAGUGUUCUGUAGGUCCGGUGCACCUUCUGUGAGCCGGCGUGAGAACAGAGUGCUUACUCUAGCGGCUGUGGAUGCGGUCUGGUCCAGGGCACAGUUUACAGGAUACGUCAUGAUUCACGGGGUGGCGGCAGGGAUGGUAAAAGCAGUUUGCUCUUGGUGUCAGCUGCUUCCUUUGUUAAUGCUUGAGCUGUCUUACUUGUCAGUAUUUCCUUAUCUCCCGCUCCGGUCGUGCCAGCUAGUAGAGUUACAGAUGGUGGCAGCAGUCAGGAUGGGCUCCUACCCCAUCAGGAAAUGGCACAGAGGGAGAAGGUGAGGGAAUCGGUGGGUUCUGCUAUAGUGGCCCAGAGAUGCUUUCACAAAACUACAUUAAGAUCCCCAAACAGAUGAAUGUCAAAUGCCUGGAAACAGCAACAUGGGAAAGAAGCAAGGAAAAUGAAUGAUCCUGCUGAAGAGUGUGGAUUGAAAGGUUCUUAACAAGCCCGGCAAAAUAAACUUAUGGCCAAAAGGAGAAAUUUUCCUGCCACUGCAAAUAGACAUGAUAAACUCUAAAAUUGCCAAGUUUUUGGAAUAAAAACUUUUCAAGUACAGUAUUGAAGAAUGAGGCAGAUCCCGAAGACGUUGGCCAGGGAAAGCAAUCUUGGCAAAGUCCAGAAGUGAGAAGGCAUGAGGAAGAGAAGGGGAGAUGCUUAGAGCAGGGGUGCUGGGGCUCCUCGACCACCGGCAGCAGCACAUACUUGCCCCCACCAGACCCCACCUGAAUUGGAAACUGAGGGUGGGCCGGGCAGUCUCACGAGGCCUCCGGGGGACUCUGAUGCACGCGGAUGUUUUGAGAACCACAGGCUUUGCUGUACCUAAGUGUUUUAACAUAUUGGCAUCCCCCUAAGCUCUGAGGUGCUUUUCCCUCCAUAAGUAUAGACAUGUUUUGUAUACGAUUCUUUGCAGAAACUGUUAAUGUCUUUAUUUCCCAUCCUUUUUCCCUAAAGCCCCUAAAAGAUCUGGAAAUAUUGAGAAAGAAUGAUGUGGAGAAAAUUGCCAUCAAGGCCAUAUUUAGAUGGAUGGAAACAACCUUUAAAGUGGAUUAAAAUAUAACAAUGAAUUUUUAGUCUGUGAGUGAUAGUCAUUUUUCACAACAGAUAGUAAAACAUUUGUGUAAGAUACUGCUAUCCAUGAUUUCAUGAUACUUGUUCAUUACAUCUUCGUUUCCUGGGAAAAUGUGUAUUUUCCAGCAUAAUAAUGAUGAAGUCUUUAAGGUAUGGCUCACAGAAAUGAAAAUAAUUGGAAGAAAAAACCACCCUGAGUACAUAGUAUUGUGUAAUAAAUACUUGUUGCGUUAUUGGUGAUCUUUUGCUAGGACUUAAUCUCGGUACUUCAGAGCAUGUAAAAAUCAAUUUUCAGUGAUCACUUAAUCACACCCUAUUGUCUUUGUUUUACAUUUCAGUGAUUCUGCAGGGCUUGGUGGCCAAUAGCAACAGCAUGUUCUGUUUUUUUUUUGUCUGAUUCAUGGAUUCAGUGUUUCAGAAUAUGGUACUCUAAUCCUAAAAGCUUUGAAAUGAAGUCACAACCACUUUUUCUUUAGGUUUUAUUUGUAUGAAUUGGGCUAGGCUCUAAUUUAUGACUUAAGCCCACAAACCCAAGUUUUCUCUGGGAAUUUGUGUGGCCAAAGAGGAGUUCUCUGGUAUUUCUCAGGUGUUCAUCUUGUUUUGUGCCCGGGGCUUGAUUUAUAAAGGUGAUUAAGUGAGGGCACGGAGAGGUCUGUGCCACCGAAAGAAAAGUUUGUAGUUACAGUUCCCCUGGAAAUGAGGCACGGCUUGCCACGCAGGACCACAGGACGGCACCAGGUUUGGGUCAGGAGGCAGAAGACUGAAGCAAGCAGUAGUUUAGGCCAGAGCCUUUAUUGGGGUUUCCUCUAAGAAGGCAAAGCAGGGCAGGGUGAACAGUCUAGAAAUGGCUAGUUCAACUAAUUCUGGGGCCUUUGGGCUAUAAUCUAGUCUCUGGUUGCCUGGUACCUGGCCCUGGGAUGAUUGCUUCCUGGAGUGUAACAGGUCAGAUGGAGGGGGUAUGGCUUCAUCGUACCUGGUUAGUUUGCACAUCGAAGACAAGCUGCUGGCUGAGUCCUUUGCUAUCUUUCUAAGAAUCAGCUAGCCCUGGGAGAGGUGGGUUUUUUUCCCAGCCAGAAAGGUUUUUUAAUGUUAAAACAUCGUAAUUAUUACAGAAAGCAAAAAACAUGAUUAACACAUGUGUAAGCCUUAAGCUCUCCUUUCAAUUUUUGCAGUCUUUUAAAACACCAUGUAAUUUUUCUUUUCCAUAUUGAAAACCAGUUAAAAAAUACCUCUGGCCAAAAAUGUUGUUACUAGAUGCUUUCAAGGUAUGGGAAUGUAAAAAGAUUUUUAAGAUGUAAAUUAUGAAAAUUAAUGUUUUCUUUCUCUAGAAGUGAGUUCUGACCCUUGCAGAUCCCUCAUUUAAAUGUUUUUAAUUGAAAAAGAAAUAUCAGAACUUAACAAAUGGCCUUGGUGGCUUGGACUGAAAUCAACCCAUUUCACUAUGUGUAGAUUCUACCACUUGCUCCUCCCACUGGGCCAUGUAUUUCUCCAUGAACAACGUCAUGAUUAUGCAAAUUUCUACCACCCCAAAAUCAUGCCAACACUUUAAACUGCUCUCAGUAUAUAUCCCAAUUCUGUUGUCAGUAGCUAUUGCAGACUGUGGCCAUUUCAAACUCUUUUUACCCCCACCUUCUCAGCCUCAGCAGCUAAUCUCCCCCACCCCCUAACAGGUAAUAAAGCAUUAGACAGGAGUCUCCCAUUGUACACCCUUACAUACAACCCUUCCUCGCCUCUUCCAUGUAAGUGCUUGUCCUGCCCAACACAAAUCCCUUCCAUGCCCUCAGUCCCUCUCCUUUGAUCAGAUGCCUUGCUCAAUCUAGCUACAGCUUCUCACUCCUGGCACGUACAGAUUGCAUUUGAACAUGUUUAAAGAUUCCCUCUUGAAACGAAAAUACCCCUUUACUACCACUAAAAUACUGCCCUCACUUACACUUCCUGUUCAUUAAUUCUCAGUCCACUGAAGCAUUGGUUUUUAGCCCUGGCUGCACAUUAGGACCACCUGGGGAGAUUUUAAAGAAUCCUAAUUCCCCCAACUGAACUACAGACCAAUUACAUCAGAAUGGGGAGGUGGGACAGGCUUCAUUCUU